AUGGCCAUAAAUAAAAGCUUCUGCCCUGGGAAUAUCCCUAUUGCCAUUCAAAGGUUUCGAAAUGACGAUGAGCUUGCUCAGUUCAGGUCCAAUACUCUUACACAACCGCUAUCCGGUGGUCACUGUCAAGUCUACAGGCUCGGAUUCUUUGACGAUGUUGACUGGGCUGUUCGGAUACCUAUACACCUAAGCUCCUGCUCCGAGGAGGAAGUCGUCUCCGUCCUUAUGACAGAAAUUGAAACCCUUAAGAACCUCGAGGAUUGCCAGUUUCCAUGGUCACCGAGAGUAAUAGGCUAUGACAUGACAUUUGACAACGCUAUUGGAUUCCCAUUUCUCGUUUUAACCUGGAUUCCAGGUGAGCCUCUAAGUUGGACAGCGACAACCCCGAGGAAGAGAAUGGAUCGCGAGAGGGUUGUCGACCAGAUUGCGAAGAUCAUGUUAUCUCUCAUAUCAUGUACACGCAAAGAUGGUGUCUCGGCAUUGGAGUACUUCACGGAUAAGAUCGACCAGAAAGUCAUUCGAAUAUGUCAAGGCCGCCUUCCCGAACUUGAAAUCAACCAUUGCCUCCUUCUGAAAUGCGUACUCCCAGAGAUCCUGCACCCGGAACUAGAUAAUGCCCCGUCAUUCAUCGAUCAUGGCGACCUUUCGGCUGGAAAUAUUAUAGUGGACUCGGAGUACAACGUCAAAGGCAUCAUAGACUGGGGCUUCGCUAAUUAUCAACCUUUUCAGCUUGCUGCUAGUCUCCCUAGAUUUCUAGCAGUAGAACAUCCUCCUGGCCUUGAGCUAUAUUUAAUGCUACAGAAAGACCGAGCGAACUUUCUUAAGGCAUUGCGGCGGGAAUUGCCGAACUCUUCAGUUAUCGUGUCCCUGCUACUGAAGAUGUACUCGGCGCCAGACGUCGAUUACAGAAGGCUUAUUCUUGAAGCAAUUGUCAGUAAAGGUCGGCACAAAUGGUUUGCAGACAGACCUUCGCUAUAUUCGGAUACUCCGGUAGACCUGAAGUGGGAAGUGUCUGAAUUUUUUGCGAGACAGGGCGGCCAAAAGAGUGGGCUCCAUGCCACUGCCUUGAUGGAACGUUUGGAAAGUUGA